AUGUACAAGUCACUCACCCUCCUCGCUGCCACCUUCGGCACCACCAUGGCCGUCGCGCAAGCCAACGCCUCCCCCUCCCCAUUCAUCCCCGUCGCCGAAUCAACACCAGCCCUCGCGACCGAACAAGCCGAACUCCCAGUCAACGAAUCAUCAUCCACCGUCCUCUCGACACUUACCACCGACACCGCAGCCGCACCAGGCGUCCAGACUAUUGUCUCGACGAUCAUCGAGAACAAGGCCGGCGAGAACACAACCCUCGUCGUCGACACCGCGACCGCACCCGCUGAGGCCUCGAGUACAGGUUCCCCACGGCCCAAGAGCGACGCCCAGCAGGAGCAGCUCAGCUUCGGCGCUGCGCUACUGGCUGGUGUCGUCAUGGGUCUUACCUUCUUGUAG